AUGGUGGGGCGCCUCUGCGCGAAGCUGUUGGACGACGGUGGUGGCGAAGAGGAAGAAGCCACGGCGAUGGGAUCCCGCAGUGCGGCGCAGCUGUCCCCGAAGAAGGUGCAGGCGUUGCUGCCCAACCUUGCGACGGCACAUAAUGUUGCCGAGGAGACCACGUCGGAGUCCGAAGCGGCUGCGCUCGGCUGGCGCGAGGACGCGGUGGGAACGCCCGUGGCGCGGUGCGGGGAAUCCGCGCGCGCCGACCCUGCCGUUCUCCGUGCUCUGCCUGCUGCUGCUGCUGCUGCCUCCCCCCUCUCCUCGAGGAAGUGGGCGUGGAAGAGGGCGCUUUGCACCUUUAGCAUGCGUGGUUCGUCCCCCUGGCCUCCUUGGCGGCCUCCCUGUGGAGGCGCCACGGCCAGGCGCGGCUUUGAAAACUCGCCUUCGCCCUCCCUCGCGCGAGAGCCAGGGCAUGCGUGCCACUUGUAG